UUACCCCGUAUCCACUUCCCUUGAGCCGAGAGUGACCUAUGAUAGCUCCGAGCUAUGAGUAACAGUUUAGCACCUUUUACCCCGGAUUUCGGCUUCUGCGUGUUACUCAUAAACUCUUGCAUUCCUCCCCUUCCUAUAUCUUCUGUCUUUCGUUCUCUUUACCUAUGGAAUAAAUUGUAUCUUCACCUAUUAUACCUACCUUAUAACGAACACAACGGAAUGGCCCCAUUUCUGAAUACGCCCAUGGACACAAGAAAUACCUUCACCGAUAGACGAUAACCUCUUCGUGAAAAUGGCUACUUGCAGUCUCAAGUCGCUGCGGCGACCAUCACUCACCCUCAUGUCUGGAGCGAGGAAGAGGUCUUUUCGUUUCAAUGGCCUCAUCUCAAAAGCUGCAACUCGUGGUUUGGCUACCGUCACCGCUCAGACAACACAGCCGGCCAUGAUGAUGGAGGAUCACAACACUAGACUGAUCAACAUGGGUUACAACUACAACUACAUCGAACAUGUCGAAAAUCUCGAACAGUACCGCCUUGGAGGCUUCCAUCCCGUAUCCCUAGGUGAAACUAUCAACAACCGCUAUCUCAUCCUCAACAAGCUCGGUCAUGGUGGCUACUCCACCGUAUGGCUCUCAUGGGACAUCUUGAAACAGAAGUACGCCGCAUUGAAGAUAGUACUCGCAGAUUUUGGUGAAGAUUCAACAGAGGUCGAUGUUCUUCAACGUUUGGAAGCCAAAGCUGGAAAGAAACAUCCUGGAAGGUCUCUCAUUAGACAUGUCACCGACAACUUUCACUUCGAUGGUCCCAAUGGAAGACACACCUGUCUGGUUAACGAUCCGGCGAUGAUGUCGCUGCGUCUUGCAAAGGAUGCCUCAUCCACAAGACUCUUUCAACCACGGACUGCCCGAGCUAUCGCCGCUCAGGUCGUUCAGUCCGUCGCGUACCUCCAUGAAGGCGGUGUAGUACACGGCGACCUCCACCUCGACAACAUCCUGCUCCAGCUUCCGGACCGAAUCAAGCGAUUAUCACCGGAUCAACUUCACGAGCGACAUAGUCACCCGACAACAGUUCCUGUGACGAGGCUCGACGGCCUUCCCCUUGACGAAAACGCACCUCGAAAUGUCGUGCUGCCAAUCUGGCUUGGUCAAAAGAGCGAGGAUGUAGCUCUAGCAGAUGCAAAGAUCUUACUAGGCGAUUUCGGCGAGUCCUAUUUACCGAGUCAAGAAAAGCGUCAGUAUUCCAACGCUCCGAUUCGCUACCGGGCACCCGAAACUCAAUUCCCCGAUGUGUGUCAACCUCUCUCGUUCAGCUCUGACAUCUGGAGCCUCGGCUGUCUCCUCUGGAACGUCGUCGGACAACGCCCACUAUUCGACGCCUGGACCCUCUCAGAAGACGACAUUCUUCAAGACCAGAUUGAUCUUCUCGGCGAAAUCCCAGAAGAGUGGUCUGUCUACGGCGCUAAGCGAUCCGAGUACUGGGUCGAGGACAUCGAAGAAGAGACAUCGACACAAGCCGCUACUCAGGGCGGUUUCACAUGGGAUGUACGCUUUGAGCGCUGUGUGCAGCAAGGACGAGAGGAGAGCGGCAUGAAGCCCAUGUCAAAGGAUGAGAAGGAGGCUUUUAUUGAUAUGAUGAAGAAGAUGAUUACUUUCCGGCCUGAGGAUAGGAUAACAGCUAAAGACCUGCUGGAGUCGCGAUGGAUGAAACAGUGGGCUUUGCCGGAGCUGAAGAAACUUGCGGCUUCAUGAUUGAUGUUAAAAAUGGGAUUGGCAUUCUGAAUUAGCGAGUUUGGGAAAAGCGUUUGUUUAUAUGGGCCAUAAAUCAGAUUUACUUAAUACCAAUUGAUGCAUGCUUAUACUUA